ACCCUUGAUGAGGACUAAUACUUGAGAUUGUUUAUAUCUCUCACUUCAAGCUAAAUUUUUCUUUGUAGUAAUGGACAAGAUUAACGGUUCAAUUAAGAAGAUCAAUGAUUUGAUUAGAAAUCAGAUAGCAGCACUUUUGGGAAUAUAUGUCACAAGAUCCUUCAAAGAUGACAAUAUUCCAUGCAAAAUUGAAGAGGGCCUCUUCUUGGGCACAUAUGGUGCUGCUAGUAACAGGGAUAUACUGAGAAGCAUGAACAUUACGCAUAUUUUAACACUAGCUAAUCCCCUAGCUCUUGGACAUCGAAAUGAUUUUGUUCUAAGGUUAUUUCAGGUAGGAUUGGUUUUGGUUGCAACAAUUCAGGUCAAUAAUUAUUUAUGUGGCAAAGAACCUAAGUGAAAGUUCAGUUACCAAAAUGUAUUUUUCCUAAUUUCUUUAUUCAGAAUUGAGAGUUUGUGGACCAUUGUAACACAAUAUUAGGCUCCCAAGUCGUAACUGGAGCCUAGUUAAAACUUUCUGGUGUCUUUUUUGUGUGAUGUAGUUUCUGAUAGAGAAGACAGAAAUCUGAAGCAGUACUUUGAUGAGAAUAUCAAUUUUAUCGAUGCUGCGAAGAAACCGGGUGGUGGAGUUUUGGUCCAUUGCUUUGCUGGAAGAUCUAGAAGGUGAUUUAUCUGUUUUUUUGCGUUGUUGAUCACAUUUAUUCUAGGGCUGUCUGUUUGUUCUGGCUACUAAACUUUUCCCACAUUAUACUCACGUGGCACAUAUUAGUAAA